AUUAAUGCGCAGUUUCCAUCCUUGCCUAGUUCAACCGAUGGGUUGAGAGAGCGUGACAGUACACUUCACAGCUGCAAUGCUUGCGUGCUGCCUGUGGAGGGUUUGUGGGCAGUCCCCGCGCUUAGCGCGUGGCCGGCAGCCAUCUGAUGCCCUGCUGGCCGCGCGGUUCUUCUCGCUGUCUCGCGCCGAACGGGGAGCUGUGCCGCCCGUCUCCCGCGCCAAUCUGGGCGUGUUUUGCCAGCAGCCCCACCAGCUGACCAACACAUAUCUGGGCGACCCCACACUCGCCAAAUAUCUGCGCAGGCUUCUGCCUCGCGAGGUCUUCGAGGCAGUGGACCCGGACUUGGAGAGAUUCGGCGAACGCUGCGCCACAGAUAUCUACAAAUUGGGUCUGGAUUGUGAGAACAACCCACCAAAACUGGAGACUUUCAAUGCAUGGGGCGAGCGCAUUGACAAACUAGUGACCUGUCAUGCCUGGACCAAGAUGAAGACGAUCGCCGCUGAGGAGCUGCUCAUCGAGUCUGCGUACCGGCGCAACUUCGCCGAGCACAGCCGGCUCUACCAAAUGGCCAAGGUGUUCCUGUUCAACCCGUCGUCGGGCCUUUACUCCUGCCCGCUGGCCAUGACAGACGGCGCCGCCAAAACGCUGGAGGGCAACAGCUCGCGUCACCUGAAGAUGGCGUACGAGCACCUGACCUCUCGGAACCCCGCCAAGUUCUGGACCUCCGGCCAGUGGAUGACGGAGAAGCGUGGCGGCUCGGACGUGGCGACCGGCACGGAGACGGUGGCCGUGCCGCACGAGGGCGGCACGUACCGCCUCUACGGCGUCAAGUGGUUCUCCUCAGCCACGGACGCUGACGUCUGUCUGACGCUGGCACGCACGCUGGACCCGAGCGGUCGGCCCGUACAGGGAUCGGGAGGCCUGAGCAUGUACUUCGUCGAGACACGUCACCCAAGUGGAAAGCUAAAUAACAUUGAGAUUAUCCGUCUGAAGAACAAACUGGGCACGCGCCAGCUGCCGACUGCCGAGCUGCUGCUCGACGGCACGGUGGCGCGCCGCGUCGGCGAGGACGGCCGCGGCGUGGCCAACAUCGCCGUCAUGCUGACUGUUACCCGGCUGCACAACGCCGUCUCCAGCGUCGCCGUAAUGCGCAGGGUGCUGCAGCUGGCGCGCGACUACAGCCGGCGGCGUACGGCGUUCGGCCGGCCGGUGGGCGAUUGGCCUCUGCACACGCGCACCCUCGCCCUCAUGGAGGUCGAGACCCGCGCCUGCCAGGCCUUCCUGCUGCAGAUGGUCAGCCUGCAGGGCCGUGAUGACGUGGGUGCCGCCAGCGACUCGGACCGGCUUCUGCUGCGUCUGCUCAUGCCCGUCAUCAAGCUGUACACAGCCAAGCAGGCCGUCUGGACGGCCUCCGAGGGCCUGGAGAGCUUCGGCGGACAGGGCUACAUCGAGGACACGGGCCUGCCGGGCCUGCUGCGUGACAGCCAGGUGCUGCCCAUCUGGGAGGGCACCACCAACGUGCUCUCGAUGGACGUGUUGCGCGCGCUCCGCAAGACGGGCGGCGAGGCGUGGCGCGCCCUGGCGGCCGACGUGGCGGAGCGCCUGCUGCCGCCGGCCGCUGCUCACCCCCGGCUCAGGCCGGCCGUCGUCAAGGUGAAGCAAAUCUUGCCCGGUGUAGAGAAGUUUAUGAAAGAAAACCAGGACAGCUUAGACGUGGCAGCAAGGGAUCUAGCUUUCACCAUCGCCAAGACUUACAUGUGUGCGCUGCUGUGCCACCACGCGGCCGGCGCGGACGGCGACGCCGAGGAUCUGGUGGUGGCGGAGCGGUGGGCCAGCCAGGAGCUGGCGCCGCUGCUGACCGAGCGCGCCCGCUACCAGCCCGACCAGCUGCAGACGGACGCCGCGCUGGUGAUGGCCGGCCACGGGACCAGCAGACCAGCACCCGACCUGACCAGCACCUGACCUGAACGCACGGGAACUGACCGGCAGCCACACUCGGACCGCCACCCGUCCUGUGUUGACUGGACCUGCACCGAACGUGAGCUGACCUGAUCCGACUUGACCUUGCCGACACACCCUCCGUGACUGACCUGACGAGUACCGGAGGCGACCGGACAACGGCCGUGGGAAAUCCGGCCGGCGAGCCAGCUCCUACACCUGGCUUGACCGGCGGCGCGCCGCUCCUCGCUGAACUAGGGAGCGUGCGAGCGGCGGGCGUCCGUGCAACACAGCGCACUAUGGGGUGGGGCUCUCUUGUCACAGGGGAACGGCAGCGGUCUGGCGUAGCGGUGCGCGGGGCGCUCCGAAGCACGGUGUUGUUCACUAGCGUCCGGUGCUGAGUCCGAUCGGAGCGGUGUGCAGGCGGCGCGCCGCACCAGUACGCUGCGGGAUACCGGACUGUUUGCGAUGCCCGGCUCGUGGGAGGUGCCCAGGUGUUUUCUCUAACGUGUUGUCAAUGGCUUUCGCUGGGCGUGUGUGCCAUAAUGUCAAACCAGUUUAUGGGCUGUUGUGAUACUGUGUCGCGCAUGUGGGAUGUACCGUGCGUUGGACCAUUGGGCUACAGUACGAGCUCGAUGGCCUUGUGCUAAUUGUGGAUGGCGGAUACUGGGUGGUGCCUGACCAUGCCCCGGUUUUGAAGCCCUAACGUUGUUUCUAAUAGUUAUAUAGUGACGUUGUUCGGCUUACAUGGCCAUGGUGUAAUUAAUCCGGGUUCCUCCUUCCAUAUCAUCGUUCGCCAGCUGCAGCAAUCGCGCUCGUCACUCAUCGUGAUGGAACAUUUCCUACGGAAUCGGCACGGACUUCCGCCUAUUCCAGUCAUGUACCCUGGCAUGCAUUCGAUCGCAUAAUGACUGGGGGGAAUCUUGGCGCGGCUGCUGGUGAAUCGUCAUGAGGUCGGCAAAGCGGCCUGCCGCAGUGCCAACCAUGUGCAAUACUGUACCUGCUCUGCAUAACAGCGCUUCCCGCAGGCGGCCGCGAGGGGGAGGGGCAGCGCGAGGCCGCGCGCUGAGUGACAGGGUAACGGAAACGGUCGGCUGGCCGCCAGGCACGGCCUCAAUUGAAUACACACAUGGUGG